CAAUGUUGAAUGUCAAUUGUCAAUAAGCGUUUCCCAUUCCCAAAAUUUUUGUACAGAACGUGGGUAAAAUAAAAUAAAGAUAAUUAUUAUUUAUAAUAGGAAUAAAAAUUCAAAACGAAUUCUAAUAAGUAUGAACAAGUGGUAAAAAGAGUUUCUAACUUGAAUGCGGGUCCUUGAACAACGUCUUGUUUUGUUUGUUAUCAGCAAAGUUGUUAGAUGCCGAAGAAAAAAGGUAAAAAAAAGACGAGCAAUGCAGACUUUACCUUAAAUGACUGUGCUAAUGCACUAAAACCUGUUGGCAGAGUCAAGAAGUCAUUUGUAUCUGAGGAUGUCCCUGAGAAAACAUGGGAGGAUCUCGAAGAUGAUGAUUUAGAUGUAAUCGAGGAAGUAAAUGCUGAUGGAACUAAGAAUUUUGUAUACAAGAAUAAAAUAAAUCAUUCCAAGUGUGAAAACAUUAGUGAUCAAACUGGCAUUGUAUACCCGGAGAUAGUUUGGUAUCUUAUAUCUCCUUACAUUAAGCCAGAGGAAGUUGGUAAUUUUGCUAGAGUCAAUAGGGCAACAUAUGCUAUAACUAAGAGAGAAUCAUUUUGGAGGGCGUUAUAUAGGAGAUACUGCCAGAAUCACCCAAAACUCCCUGAGAAAUUACGUAUAGAGAAUAGUUAUAAGUUGUAUGGCUUGAGGCAGAGAGUUAUACGUGCAUUACAUCACACCUAUGAUGUGUUUGUUAGGAAAAUAUUGCAGCAAGCGACUCAGGAGAGUCGACCGCACCAGCUGGUUAAGAGACGCUGUGUCAAUGUUUGGUAUUGCAAAGGGCAAUCAUACUGGUUUGUUUAUUUUAAACUGAAAAAAUCAAAUCCUGAAAAAAGAAUUACAACAAUAGAUUUUAUUGAGGAACUUGGACGCAUUGAUGCAAAUCCAGAAGUGGAUUCCCAAGUAAUGCAGGUGACCUGUCAAAACUUUUAUGAAGUACCACCACUAAUGGGUAUGACUCUAUCAUCAGUGAGUGUGAUGUUGUCACAAGGAUUCAGACACCACAAAUUGCUCCUAGGCUUCAAUACUGGUCACUACAACAUAUCUAGGAAUGUGAUUCCAGAAUGUUCAGUUGUCAUUGACACGGUUGUAAGCAUAUUGGUAUAUGAUUGGUGGCAUCCAAAAUACCCAAACUUUGAGAACAGGUUGCCAAUGAUGGAUGAAGAAUCGUUACCCGUAUUGAAAAAGGAUUUCUUUACAUUGUGUAAUGGAGACCUAUGACUCAUGAGUU